AUGGAAAAUGCUGCUAAAGUUCAGCAUGUGAGUAAAGCAUCUUCAGAUGAACUGCUGAGAAAAUUUGCCGAAGUGGGUUCUGAGUCUGAUGGAAAGGGUUUGGCUAAGAAAGAGUUACGAUUGUCGAAACGUCGGAAAAGGACCGGAACAACAAAUGAAGGUGAUCAUUGCGAGAGUCCAUCAAAUGGUAGUACCACCUUGGUGGAGAGGAAGUCACUUCUCCCUCCGGCAACUCGGAGGAGAUCGGUGGCAAUAAUUCGGCGCCUUGGGAUUGGCAGCUUCAAGCUCAGAGCAAGAGAUCUACAGAACAAGUCCAUUAUGCGAACGAUUGAGAAGACAUGGCGUAAAACCAUGGAAGGAGCUUCAAGGGUCUUACUGGAAAAGCAUUACAAUCGGCACAAACGCUUGAUAAAUGACAUUGCUUAG